AGCAUCCUGGGAAUUGACUGCCCGACGCUCAGAGCAAGCUGGUCACAUGAGUCUGAAUUUUCAGUUCAGUUCAUUAGUCAGCCAUUUUGGUCAACACCCUGCUUACUGCGCACAACCAAUCCUAUUAUCACUCGGUGGCUUGUUUCAUCUGAAGUGGGGAGAGAAAGAGAGACAGACAGACAGACACUGGUAAUUUCAGUAAUUCUGGAUACUGCUUCUUCUAUAUAUUUCACUAUCUUUGGGGCUCCCCCCCCCCCCCGGAAGCUUCUUUAGGAAACAGCAAAGAGAGCUAUUUUUUGGAUGCAGAGGCCACAUUUUCUGUGGUUGUUUAGGAGUAACUGCUUCUAGUCGAUUUGAAGAAAAGAACGUGCAUUGCGGAAGAAGACAUAAGAAGAGACUACAGAGGAGAAGGGGCAUCGACCCUUCUCUUGUGUCCUGUGCCUUGUUUUUCUCCAAGAACUAGUGCAGUCUUGUGAUCCUGAGCUAAUCUCAUCUGAUCUAGCAUUGGUUCCCCCCCCCCUUUUAUUGGAAAGAUUUUUCCAUUUUAUUUUAUUUCAUUUUGUAUUUUGAUUUUAUUGUUGUACCAGCUGAGUCAUCAUGUCUGCUCUGACACCGCCAAGCGAUAUGCCAACCCCCACCACAGACAAGAUCACACAGGCUGCCAUGGAGACAAUAUAUCUUUGCAAAUUCCGAGUGUCCAUGGAUGGAGAGUGGCUCUGUUUGCGAGAGCUGGAUGACAUCUCUCUUACACCUGAUCCUGAACCUACCCAUGAAGACUCUUGGGAGGAUUUGACAGAUUUGGUGGAGCAAUUGCGCGAUGAUACAGAAGAUCCCAACUAUCUCAUGGCUAAUGAACGCAUGAACCUGAUGAAUAUGGCUAAACUGAGUAUAAAGGGCUUGAUUGAAUCUGCUCUUAAUCUUGGGAGAACAUUAGACUCUGACUAUGCACCCCUUCAGCAGUUUUUUGUAGUGAUGGAACACUGCCUUAAACAUGGCUUGAAAGCCAAGAAGACAUUUCUGGGCCAAAACAAGUCAUUUUGGGGACCUCUGGAGUUGGUAGAGAAGUUUGUCCCUGAAGCUGCAGAAAUCACAGCAAGUGUUAAAGACCUGCCAGGGCUGAAGACUCCUGUGGGUAGAGGAAGAGCAUGGCUUCGCUUAGCGCUAAUGCAAAAGAAGCUUUCAGAGUACAUGAAAGCAUUGAUAAACAGAAGGGAAAUUCUCAGUGAAUUUUAUGAACCUAAUGCCCUCAUGAUGGAGGAAGAAGGUGCCAUAAUCGCUGGCCUUUUAGUAGGCUUGAAUGUCAUUGAUGCAAAUUUCUGCAUGAAGGGUGAAGACUUGGAUUCACAGGUUGGGGUUAUCGAUUUUUCAAUGUACCUAAAGGAUGGGAACAGCAGUAAGGGCAGUGAGGGAGAUGGUCAAAUUACUGCAAUCCUGGACCAGAAAAAUUAUGUAGAAGAGCUCAAUAGACAUUUAAGUGCCACAGUCAACAAUUUGCAGGCAAAGGUUGAUGCUUUGGAAAAAUCUAACACAAAACUUACUGAGGAGCUUGCUGUUGCAAAUAACAGAAUUAUAACACUGCAAGAGGAGAUGGAACGAGCAAAAGAAGAAAGUUCAUAUAUUUUGGAAUCCAACAGAAAGCAAGCACCUAAGCAAGACAGAACUGCAGAUGGACAAGCUCUUAGUGAAGCACGGAAACAGUUGAAGGAGGAAACACAGCUGCGGCUGGAUGUGGAAAAAGAACUUGAAGUGCAGAUUGGAAUGAGACAAGAGAUGGAACUGGCUAUGAAGAUGCUGGAAAAAGAUGUUUGUGAGAAGCAAGAUGCACUGGUGGCACUCAGGCAACAACUUGAUGAUCUCAGGGCCCUAAAACUUGAACUUUCUUUCAAGCUCCAGAGUUCAGAUCUGGGAGUGAAACAAAAGAGUGAACUGAACAGCCGCUUGGAGGAGAAGACAAAUCAGAUGGCUGCCACCAUUAAACUGCUUGAACAAAGUGAAAAGGAUUUGGUGAAACAGGCAAAAACCUUAAAUAGUGCAGCAAAUAAACUGAUUCAGAAGCCCCAUUAGGCUUUUAAAAAACAAAUUUGCAGCUGGUCACCUCACAACUUUGACAUCUCUACUCAAUUAUGAGGGAAAAGCAAAACGAGAUUGGGAAUUUAGAUGUCAGACCUAAAUAUUGUCUCCCAAAGUUGGCUUGGAAUUUGGUGGAUUUUUAAAUUUAAAAAAAUGUUUCCGUUUGGAGGUAGAAAAAAAUUAACCUGUAACUUUCCUUUCUCCUGUUAUUUCUUGCUUAAAUUUUACUAAACUGCAAGCAGAUUGACCACAAAGUACUCCAGAAAAUCAUACGUAAAAUUAGAGAUUUAUGGCUCUGUUUGUACAGUUUUAUGCUUGAAGAGAUGUUGGAAAAAUGUGAACCUUCCCCAACCCCCAUGUUUAAUUCAUGGAAAACCAAAUUAGUUCUCUCUGUUUGCCUUGGCAUGAAGUAGAUGAAAAUAUGCGAACAGACAAAGAGGUUAAGAGCAGUUUGAUGCCUAGUGAGCCAUGAUCCUGUAGCAUUUUUUGUUCCAUUUGAUCUCAACCAGAACAAGUACACAUCACAGUUUAAGAACUUGCCAUUGAAGUGGUAUAAUCCUUGUAAACCAGAUGCCUGCCCAACUUGCACAGUUUUCCACCCGAGAUUGAUCAUAAACACAUAUACAUUGAAAGUGUGUUUGAUGCAAGGUGUGCACAGUCAUUGACUCAAGGGAUAUACCAGUUCCCAGGCAGAUUGAGUCAUAUCUUUAUUUUGCUCUGUUCCUUACAUUUUUCAUCCUUCUCCAAUUGCAUGUGAGUGCAAUGACAUUAUUAUUCCACUGUCUCUUCCAGAGGUGUUUUUAAAAAAUCUACCUGCCCGUUUAUGUCACGGCAACCACAUUGUUUUGAUAUAAUGCACUGUGCAUGGGUCUAAGACAAAUGCAGAGGAGCAUUGAGAUAGCAUAAUGCAAAUAGUUAAAACCAAAACUGUACCAAAAUGUAACUGGAAAAAUUUGUGGUGGAGGAAAAAGCCAAAUAAUAAGCCAAUGCCAGCUCUUUUGCAUUAAGGGAAAGUAAUUCAUUCAUUCUCUUUAGGUGAUAUGAAAGCAAAAUCUAGUUACUAGCUGUGUUUUAAAAUGGUAAACCUCUCUUUAUCUUUGCAUUGCCUUCUACCUCGGCUUUUUUUUUUUCCUAAAAGAGACAGUGGUUCUUGUUUCCUCAAGAACUUCAAUGAAAGGUGUGGGUUGCCUUCUGUUCCAGUUUUAAAUUCAAAAUUGAGUCAUGUAUUUUACAAAACAGUUCAUUGUUGUUACCUUUUUUUAAAAUGAGAGAUAAAUGGAACUGAUAGUGAUUUACUGCUGGCCAGUCACUGACACAAAGCAGUUACAACAUACGAUAACUUGGGUGUUGUUUGAAGUUGCCUUUGCUCUUGUUAAUAUUUGAAUCUAAGUAUUUAGUUCAGAUAGGGAACUUGCUAAGAAUUGUAGUGAAAAGUCAGUUAAAACAUACAAAGUUUGGGAAAACGUUUCUGCAACUCAAAACAAAACAGUUUUUCUAUUUAGGAUGAAAUUAGGGGGUCUCUUUCUUGUGGCUGCAAGGGUUCACAGCACUGACCUCUAAACAGGUUUUAGGGUGUAGAUAGUUAUUUUGAAUCCUUGUCAAGAUACCCAAAUUAGGGUUUGUUCCACUUUUGCAGUUUAGGCUGUCCUUUUUUCUUUUACCUCCUAUAUAAACAACUUGCUUUGUGUUCUAACAAAAUGGAGAGCGGAUGGGGAAAUGUCAGUAAUAAAGAUGAGGGUGGGAAAACAAUCAUUGCCUGAUACUAAAAUCUUUAUCAGUUGUAAACCUAUCUUGGACAGAGCAGCAAGAUCUUUGUUUUGUUUUUAAAUAAGAACUCUGAAGAAUUGCACUUUGGUGUGGCACGUUUCUAAACAUAUCAGUUUGAUUUGCAGCCAAGUCUGUUCAGCCAGGGCAGUCAUCCUAUAAAAUCUGAUCAUGAGAUUAAAAAAGGAAUUUCCCCCAUGUGUUUUAACAUUGACAUGUUUUUCUGUGACAUAUAAUUUCAUACUAGAUAGAAAUUAAGUAUGACUAUCAACAAGAUGCUGUGUUGAUCCUAGAAAAUAAAGUUUGGUCAUCUGAAACCUCAAAUUCUAACUCCAGGAGGGAGGCACAGUAACAAUCAUAGCAAUAUCCGACUUGGUCAUUUUAAUGAAACCAUUCCCAAAUAAGCUUUGAAAUUAUAACCUAUAAUCUUAUUUAUUUGAAAUUUACUUAAAGUCAGUGUUUGGAAAACACAUUGACAGCCCUGAGAAAGCAGGAUCUUAUCAGUGGGCUAUGGAAGACCUUGGCUUUAAUGGGCAAAGUGGUUCCCUUAGAGUAACUUUUACAAGUGGAAACUGUCCAACUUGUUCUUAUCUCCAUUUUGAAAAAAAUGGUAUUGGAUCUGGUUGGGGAAGAGGAACUGGAAUUUUGCCAGUGGGCUUGGACUGGAGGUUUGACUGCCAGCCAGCAUCAUUUCCCCUUCUCUUCCCCAGAAUUUUGACUUGGAUUUCUGUCCCGCAGCCAGCUGUGCACCAAGAACGGCCUAGUGUGAACAUACAAUCUAUGGUAUGGAUCUCCAUGCUUUCCAUACACUGAAGAACAUUGACAUUGGUUUCAAAGAAGUGAUUCCCCCACAGCUCUGCAUUCUGGGCAUUAUAGUUAGGGAGGGUUGCAUACCCGAGAGAAUAUUUGAGUCAGUUUCAGUAUGGCAUUUAUUAGCAGACAGGCAUGCGUUGAUAGCUUCAGAUUUUUGCUGAGAGCUUUCCUUUACCUGUCCACUUUCCAGUUAAGCCAUUGUGCUGAGUAUUUGUCACAUGGCUUGUGAAUACAUGUAACCUGAAAUCAAUCUCUUUAUAGUUAAAGUACUCUCCUACCCCAAUCCCCCUUGCAGCUAUUCCUCAAGUAGGCUGGGAAUCUUCAAUACUUAUCCAUGACUUUGUACUCGAUCUGAAGCCCUGUGUGCUUAAUGAUGUAACAGUUGUGGAAGAGACCAGAAAAAUGCACUAAUUCCUUAAUAUAGUAGAUAUCCCAUGAUGCAAGUUCCAGUUACUUGUAUAAAGCUGCAGUGUAACGUAAAAUUUAAAAACCCUUACCAAUACUGUGUACCUGAGAUUUGCUUUGACUAUGGAUAAAAGUGAUGUUUUAUGUUUAUCAUCUAAUGACUGUAAACUGUAGUAAUAGAAAAAUAAAAAAAUCGAAAGUAGAAGCUUCUUCUGCCUGGUUCACCUACAGUUUGGUUUUUCUUUAGAUAUUUUUGUCCUUUGUCACUUCCUUUCCCAACAUAUUUCCCUUCCAUCUUUCAUUGAGCUUGGUUUGGUUUUUUUUUUUUUUAAUUUAUUGUUUAAACUCAGUCUUCCUCCCCACUAUGGCUUUUGUUUUUUAU